AUGCACUACCUGUACAGCUUGUCCAGAGACGGUGUGCUGGUAUCCUUACGCUACGAUCUCAAGGUGGAUGAGGCGCAGGAGAAGAACCACGCGGGGACGGCGCGAUCUGGGACCCCUCUUUACUGCAGGCCCGGCGAGUGGACGGUGGCCGGCAAGGCGUACUGCCAGCAGCCGGUCCAUCAGCGGGUGACCCGGGGUAUCUGCGAGCGCUCGGAGACCGUCUACGGCGGCUCGAGGGACGUCUGCAGCGCAACGCAUCGUAGGUUCUGCUGCAUCGCGGAACGCCUCAGAGCGAGCUCCAAACUGCACGCUUGUCUGGGAGGCAUAUUUAUGCUGUACGAGGUGCCCGGGCUGGCCGCGUUGCAGACUCUGAGCCUCGGCAGUCAGCCCCUCGACGCCGUCGCGCUGGGCGCCAACGGUGCCCUCGGAGUGGCAGAGCGGCAGAACAAGAUAAGCAGUGAGAAGCAUGAGCAGUGCCAUGGCGGAGAUGAGACGCAGAGUGGGCGGGCGUGA